AUUCACCGCCAUCAGCCAGGCUGGAACUGAAAGGAUCCGGCGCAGCGUCUGCUUCAGCCUCACUACGGAGGCCCAGAACUUGGGACUUUGAAGAACCAGGGCUAUAUUUUCUGGCCUGGAGUGAUGAGAGGGAAAGGCCGAGAGAGCCUUGAAGCUGUUGAACCUGCUUCUGUUACCCCCAGAGUGUUAUCCCUGGAUUCCGGGAAAGCCAACGCCUAGCAAGGGCCGAGGCAGGCCCGGGAACCUGUGUUCCUGUGGUCGUGUGGAGGGUAGCUAGCCAAAACGGGCUUCCUCCCGAGGCUCCUGAGCCCUGUGACCCCAGUGAGCAGGCGAUACAUCACGACUCCCUUGUGUCUGGCCUUGGGAGAAAGUGCAGGGCCUUCACUCCCUGGAGGCCUCUCAGGCUCCUCACCCCUCCGCUCUUGUAGCAGAUGUCCAGGAUGUCCCCGCACCCCCAUCAGUACCAGGCCUUCCAAAAUAAAUGGACAUCUACGUCCACCCCAUAAAAAUGACUGAAAUUGUGUGCAGACAUUCAGGCUGGGUGGAGGCGCAAUCCCAGGGCAUAAGCUGAGCUGCGGACUCAGAUGCAGACCAGGUACCAGGCAACCAAGGUUUUCAGAAAAUCCAUUCCUCGCUGCCGAAGAAUCAACAGGAUGCUCUCCAAUGAAUCCCUACAUUCUCCUGCAUUCUGCCGCUCCAACUCACAAGCCUCCGUAGACAGCACCUCCAUGGAGGAUUUCUGGCGGGAAAUAGAAAGCAUUAAAGAGAACAGCAUGGGAGGGCAGGAAGAGCAGCUGCCGGCUGAGGUCAAGCCUGUGGAUGAAGGAGAACUUGAAGCUGAGUGGCUGCAAGAUGUGGGUUUAUCAACUUUGAUCUCAGGCAAUGAAGAGGAAGAUGGGAAAGCCCUGCUCUCUACAUUGACUCGAACCCAAGCGGCUGCAGUGAAAAAGAGAUAUAAUACCUAUACUCAAACCCUGAGAAAAAAGAAUAAGCAGUCUGUCAGGGAUGUCAGAGACAUCUUUGGAGUUAGUGAAUCUCCUCCAAGUGAUAUUUGUUGUAUCCCAACUCCUCCUUUGUAUGCAACCCUGGAUGAGGAAGGGCUAUCAAUAAUCCCCUACGGAAAUAGCCAACUGCCAGAUGAUGCUUGUGACAACCAUACUGCUCAGUUGGGUGGCACUGAGGAAGAAAAAGAGGUACCAGAAGUUAUCCAAACGAGUGGUCCUGUGCCAGAUGAUGCUUCUCUCAACAGUACUACCCUUCCCAAUGGGUCCCGGAAUGAAGAAGGGAGUUUUGUAGAUCCCAGGAUCGGCUCCAUGCAGUCCAUACUGGAGGCUAUUCCAGAUGUACCAGUUCAUUCCAAUGGGUCUGCAGAUGCGGGGCAGUCAGCUCAGAGUACACUGAGUGAUGAUUAUCUGGAAAAGGACAUUCCAGCAGAGACUGAAGAGGUGUCCUUUGAAGUAUCUUAUUCAGAAAUGAUUACAGAGGCUCCAAAAAGAAAUAGAUCUAAGAAGUCAGAGAUUAAGAAAGAAGACUAUGCUUUAACUAAACUCACUGUUCAGAAAACCAGGCUUGGCUUAACUGAAGCAGGAGACCUGUCUGCUGAGGACAUGAAGAAAAUUCGCCAUCUCUCUCUGAUUGAAUUGACUGCCUUUUUUGAUGCAUUUGGAAUUCAACUGAAAAGAAACAAAACAGAGAAAGUAAAAGGACGAGACAAUGGGAUUUUUGGAGUCCCACUUACAGUCCUCCUGGACAAUGACAGAAAGAAAGACCCUGAAGUGAAAGUUCCCCUUGUAUUACAAAAAUUUUUUGAGAAAGUCGAGGAAUCAGGUCUGGAAUCUGAAGGAAUUUUUCGACUUUCAGGAUGUACUGCCAAAGUCAAGCAAUACCGUGAAGAACUGGAUGCCAAGUUUAAUACUGAUAAAUUUAAGUGGGACAAAAUGUGCCAUAGAGAAGCUGCAGUAAUGUUGAAAGCAUUUUUCAGAGAACUACCCACCUCUCUCUUCCCUGUGGAAUAUAUACCUGCCUUCAUCACCUUAAUGGAAAGAGGGCCUCACAUCAAAGUGCAGUUUCAAGCCUUACACUUGAUGGUCAUGGCACUUCCUGAUGCCAACAGGGAUACAGCCCAGGCCCUCAUGACAUUCUUCAAUAAAGUGAUUGCCAAUGAAUCAAAAAACCGAAUGAGUUUGUGGAACAUUUCCACUGUAAUGGCACCAAACCUUUUCUUCAGCAGAAGCAAACAUUCUGACUAUGAAGAAUUACUGUUAGCAAACACUGCAGCCCACAUCAUUCGCCUAAUGCUUAAGUACCAGAAAAUUCUAUGGAAGGUUCCAUCUUUCUUAAUCACCCAAGUAAGGAGGAUGAAUGAAGCCACGAUGUUGUUAAAGAAGCAGCUCCCAAGUGUGAAAAAGCUGCUCCGGAGGAAGACCAUAGAACGGGAGGGUACAAGCCCCAAGACUUCAAAGGUACUACAAAAAUCACCCUCUUCUAGAAGAAUGUCUGACGUGCCGGAAGGAGUCAUAAGGGUCCAUGCUCCUCUUCUCUCUAAAGUGUCCAUGGCCAUUCAACUGAAUAGUGAAACUAAAGCCAAAGACAUAUUGGCGAAAUUUCAAUAUGAAAACAGUCAUGGUUCAUCAGAAUGUAUUAAGAUUCAGAACCAAAGAUUAUAUGAAAUUGGAGGAAAUAUAGGACAGCAUUGCUUGGAUCCAGAUGCAUAUAUUUUGGAUGUAUAUCACGUAAAUCCUCACGCAGAAUGGGUGAUUAAGCCCCAAGCAAGUCUUUGAAGAUGGUUGCUAUCCUGUGUUCUAUGCCAAGAAGAUCCUACAUUUUGUGGGGGAAAAUAAGAUUGCCUUGACAUGUUUGUUCCCAUAACCCUGUUGUGUUUCUCAAGGAGUGGUAUCUCCAGCUUUGUCCGCUUAAACUAUGGAAGAGGAGCUGGUUCACCACUUAAGCUGACCUUCAUCACGUUUCCUUGAUAAAAGGAAAGCAAAUGUGAUGCUUCCAGAAGAAAGGUCAAUGGAGAAUACAGAACUCUAAUCAUUUCUAGUAUUCAGCUUUGCAGCAGAAAUGAACUUGGUCCUGUACCUGGGGAUCAGCAACACUUCUUGAUGUAGCCAAUGCUACCAAGCAUAAGAAGUGAAAAAGACCCUUUUUUAUAUUUGUGUUUAUACAUAUAUUGACCUCUUUUAAGCGAGAAUGCCAGAAAUAGCCUUACUUUCUGCCCUACAAAAUAAUCUAGAUCUACUUUCCAAAGAGAAUCAGUUUAUAAAGUGACACAUUUUAUCAAU